AGGAGCGGUUCGUAGGGGGGAAAACUCGGUUUCCCGCGGCCUAAAAGCCAUCCGCAGAGCGAAGGAGCGGAGCGGCAGGAGGCGACGCGUGCGGGUCCAGGUCUGCACCCGGGCGUCCGCAGCGGGCAAGCCGGCACACGCCCACCGGCUGCGGCAGCGCCCGCUGCGGACGUCCUCCCCGUGGGUCCCGGGAGAGGCAGCCGCUGCCCUCAACUCUUAUUCUCCGGGCGGAACAAAACAGCCUUCCAACAAACCUAAAAGCUCCACCUCUACUCCCCCGUGAACUCUUCUCCUAAUUGGCAGCUCGGCGCUUGGGAUGAUGCGGGCGGCUGCGGGCCGGCCCUGCAGUGCCAAACCGCAGCAUCCCGGUCGGGCUGGAGAGGGAGAGAGAGAGGGCUGACCCGACUGGACCCCAGGAUCCUGAUCCGUGGGGGACGCCGCCCCUCCUGCGGCUGGAGCGCUUCCAGAGCAGAGGCGCAGCGCCGUACCGCUCGCCCCGGCGUCCUCGCUCCAGCUCGGGCUCCUCCUCCUCUCCAGCUCCGGCUCCCGCAGCCGGCUCCGAGAGGCUGGAGGGCGCGCCUCCCCCUCCCCGUCCUCCCCCUCGUCUCGCUGUCUCGUGGCUAACUUUCCGGAGCCCCGACCCGCGGCGCGGAGCUCCGCCGGCAGCUUCCGGGCGGAGAGCCCGGCUGUGCCCACUAUCCCAUCCCAAGCCCUCGGAGCGCUCCGGAGAGAACAGGACCAUGUCUUGGGCUGGGGACCAAGGCAGUACCCUGGCGAGAUGGCUGGGCGCUGGGCUGUUGGGUCUCGUCUUGCUCCCCACGGCCCUGUCGUUGGAGGUCUCUGUGGGAAAGGCCACCACCAUCUACGCUAUCAAUGGCUCAGCGAUCCUGCUGCCCUGCACCUUCUCCAGCUGUUUUGGCUUUGAGAACCUCUACUUCAGGUGGUCCUACAAUAACAGCGAAACAUACAGGAUUCUCAUCGACGGGAUCGUGAAGAACGAGAAGUCUGACCCGAAGGUGAGGGUGAAAGAUGAUGACCGCAUCACCCUGGAGGGUUCCACCAAGGAGAAGAUGAAUAACAUCUCUAUCCUGCUGAGUGACCUGGACUUCAGUGACUCGGGCAGAUACACCUGCUUCGUGAGGAACCCCAAGGAGAAGGACUUGAACAACUCUGCCACUAUCACCCUCCAGGUGGUCGAUAAAUUGGAAGAGGUGGACAACACGGUGACGCUCAUCAUCCUGGCUGUGGUGGGUGGCGUCAUUGGACUUCUCGUCUGCAUCCUGCUGCUGAAGAAGCUCAUCACCUUCAUCCUGAAGAAGACCCGAGAGAAGAAGAAGGAGUGUCUUGUGAGUUCCUCUGGGAAUGACAACACAGAGAAUGGGCUGCCUGGCUCCAAGGCAGAAGAGAAGCCACCCACAAAAGUGUGAAGUCCCGUUCAGGGCCAGGCAGUGCAGGGAGCCUCACUUUCUGAUGGUCACGUCCAUGUGGAGUCCUGUCUGUAGAACCCACGUACUGAGAUGUGUGCUGCUUGGCCCAAACGCUAGUCUCUCUGAGCAGGAAGGACCUGGCCCUGCCCAGCCUGCGCUGCCAUUCCUUCCCCAGCCUGGGCUUCUUAGAGGCAAGGGUUGGCUGGGGGGAGGAAGCCUACAAGAGGUUGAAGAACAGGAAAGGAGGGGCUGGAGCGGUGUGGAAGGAUUGGUCCCUGGGGCCCGGGAGAAUGGGAUCUUCUUUAGAUUGUCUCUUUCACUUCUGUGAAGCCUCACUUUCCCCUCACCUUUCCUUGUUGUCUUUCAUGAGGAAAUCGGGGUGAUCAGUGAGGGCUGUUCCCAAAGCUGGGUUUUGGAGAUGGGUGGAGGGUGAGCACUUAAGAUGCUGGGAACGUGCCAGAACUCUGGGAUGGAGUCUGCUGAGUGCUGAGCCGGUUGUGAGAGGCAGGCUGGGCUUUGAGGACUGUCAGACAUCUGGAAGUUCCUUCAGAGGAGACCUCUCCUUCCCCUACCCUGACAUACAUGCACACUGUUCCAGCUCUCUGUCCAGCCUUCUGCUCUGAAUAUGUAGACCCUCCAGCUAGGCCUGGCUGCCCUGAUCUUCAAGUGUCCCAGCCUACCUAGCCUGUCUUUGCUCUCUGGGCUGCAGCUGCGGAGGAGGCUUGUUGGGAGGGGGCAGCCUCCAUCCUUCCUAGAGCACUGGGGUGCUAUCUGCAUCUUUUCUGGCUUUGCUCUUUGGCUUUCAGAGGUGGGAGAGCAGUGUCCUUGACCUCCCAGCCUUUGGAAUGUCUACCCCAGCCCCACAAGACUGACAGACCUUAUCCUUGGCAUGGCAGGACCAUGCCACCUGGUACUCUCAGACCUUAGUUUUCCACACUUCUCCCUUCUCUUGAAAGAGCUGGUGUGGCCACAUCCCUAGGUUUCCUAGAACCUUUGCUCCCUCUAUGUCCCUCCAGCAUGCCUGGCUUUCCUCUGUCUCCUAGCCUGCUCACCCCCAGCCCUGGGUCUGCCUUUGCCUCAGGGACCUUUGUUGCCAGAUGAGAAGGCCCUUGGCUAUUCCAGCUUCUUUCUGCCCAGCCGGGCCAGCUCCUCACCCAGGCUGAGGAAGAGAGGGAGAGGGUGCUUAUACCUUCUCUCUGCUUUCUUCAGGGCCAGUUUGCACAGCCCUUGAGUGUCGGGCUAGAUUGUGCCUUAGCUUCCUGAGUUCUGCUUUUUAGCCCCCGUUCCUUUGGUUCACACCCCCUGACUUAAUUGCACAGUUUGGUGUGUUGUUGUUAGGGCUCCCCAGCUCCCUUCUCCAAGGUCAUGGAGAAGGUUAUGAAGCUGGUGUUGUGCAAACAGUGGCCCUGUGGCUGGUGGCAGUCUUGCUAACACGUGUGGGUUUGUUUUCUUUCUUGUCCCUGAUACCGAGCUGUGAUGGCAUUCGAUGUGGGACCUUCAGAUGGGUUUGAUUGGGUAGGUCCCUAUGCUAUGUGAGAUGUAAUAACAGGGGGUACCCAAACUCCCUCUUCCUCAUUGGAUUUCUGAGACCCUUGGAACUCUAGAAGAUGGAGACUAGUCUUCUUUCCAGGGGCUAUAAAGACUGUUACAGGCUCUGCCCAGUAGUAGCUGAAGGCUCCCAAAGUGAAAGUUGGGGGAGACUAAGCUGCAGUAGGACCUGUAGGGUGCCUGUGGCUAUGGCUAGUGUCUCUUGCCCAAGCCAAGGGGCUCAUGGGUCCUUGCCUCCUCUCCUCCUGUCCUUCUUUAUCCAGAACCUAUUGUGGGCCUGGAUAAAAAGUACCCUUCUCCUGCUUUUUAAUAUAUUUAUUUGAGCAAAGUCUCAUGUAGCCCAGGCUGGCUUCCAACUUCCUCUGUGGCCAAGACUGGCCUUGAACUCCUGAUCUCCUGCCUCCACCAUCUGAGUGCUAGGAUGACAGGUGUGAGCCAACACCCUGAGAGCAAACAUGGCGCCAGAACCUCCAGCCAUUCAGGAAACUCCAGCUGCCUUCAUGUAAAACUGCUUUCUUCCCCAACACUGGGAGAGGCAAAGUGCUGUGGGCUCUUCUCACUUUCCUGAGAGGAAGCCAGGGCAUACAGAAGAAAAGAGGAAGGGAGCCACCGUCCCCUCCUCCUGAUCACUUAUAGGCGGCUCUUGCAGCUUCUCCCAAAGGGUGAAAUAAUAGCUACCUCACAGGACUGUCGUGAGGCUUGGUGAGGUCCCCCCGCCCCCUGGCUUGGAAAGGCAUUGGGAAACAAAGCUAAUAAGAAAGCAUUCCCUGUAUGCCCUGUCUUCAUCUUUGGUUUGGUUCCCUGUAUGCCCUGUCUUCAUCUUUGGUUUGGUUCCCUGUAUGCUCUGUCUUCAUCUUUGGUUUGGUUCCCUGUAUGUCCUGUCUUCAUCUUUAGUUUGGUUCCCUGUAUGUCCUGUCUUCAUCUUUAGUUUGGUUCCCUCUAUGUCCUGUCUUCAUCUUUGGUUUGGUUCCCUGUAUGUCCUGUCUUCAUCUUUAGUUUGGUUCCCUGUAUGUCCUGUCUUCAUCUUUGGUUUGGUUCCCUGUAUGUCCUGUCUUCAUCUUUAGUUGGGUUCCCUGUAUGUCCUGUCUUCAUCUUUGGUUUGGUUUGCCUCCCUACAACACUUACACACUUCACAUUCUUCCUCCUCCCUUUGUGACCUUAGGCACCGUGGCUCUCACUGAUGCUCAGAGCAUCUCUGUCCAUGGCACGCGGUUUUGAAUGGAGGUGACGGGGACUAUGGGGGGAGGGUGCAUUUUUAUCAUUGUUGUCCCAAUGCCUGUGAUAAUGCUGGCACUUAAUGGAUAGGGAUUAAGAGCACAAAACCUGAGUCCUCCUAACAAAGAAUGUCUGGUCCUCGUGCUAGCUGCAUGCCUGUGCAGACAUCGCCACAGAUUGCAUUCGAAUGUAUCUUCGCAAAGCCAUUUCCCCUAGCCAGACCUUCUUGCAGGCAAGUCUUCAAUAGUGAUCUCAGGGUUGCUGAAGGUCUUCCCUGUGCCCAGUGUGCUACAGAAACUCUUACACAGUUGACUUUGGGGAACGCGGACCCAUGCAGUUGUGCUGACAAUGAUGUCAGUGAGACCAAAGACAAAGCACAAAGUCCCUUAUCCUUGACCUCCAAAUAGACAUCUGCAUUUGAGGGCCCAGAUCCCUCGGUGUAGACAGUGGGCAGAAGGCAACUGGAAUCAACCCACAGUGCUGGAGGGCCCCAAGAGAAGGACAGAUGGGAGGCAGAAUUUCACACAUCUGACCGAACAGCUUUGGUGGAGCCAGGGAGGCGAGAGCGUCUUUCAGACGGCGGGAGGUGAGGGUGCACUGGUGAGGAGGGUAUGGCGUCAGGCCUGCAGACCCACAGACCUGGUGAGUCUGCAGGUGCAGAAGCGCGACUGAAGAGGGUGGGCUGUGCAUGCAAGGGCUGAUGUGAGAGUCGGGGGGGGGGAGAGGCGGAGGGAGGGUAAGCGACAGAAAUGAACAGCCGUGCUCCUAGAUUCUAUUGGGUGACUCCACGCCAGGGUGACAGACAACUGCCAUUGGAGGGCUGGGAUGCCCAGGAGAGGGAUUUGUGGGGAAACCCUCUAGCUUGCUGCCUAUUCUUUUGUCCCAGGUUGGGUUCUCUGCACUCCCCUGUCCCGCUGGAUAUGCAGUGCUUUUGACUAUCUUAUGCAUGGUUUAUUCCUCCGGCUUGGAUGGCAGUACUUCUAGUCAAUUUUCCUAUAUAACUUUAUAGAUCAAGCAACAUAGCGAUGGGCCAUGCGAGCCCCAGGUCCGUGGUGCCUCUGGGAGGCACCGAUGCACAUAUGCCCAGCACUGACUUGUGUGUAAGCACAGACUGAAUGCGAUUAGAUUGUCUUGCCUCUACAACACAUUUUUGCAUUGUACAAUUGAAUUUAGCUUUGCCUUGGAUGAAAUAAAAAUUAUUUUUUAAUAA